AUGAUAGAUACAUCUGAUGUGGCUUCAGACACGGGCAGUAAGAACUCCAGACGAAGUUCCUCCACCGGUUCAUCAGACUCCCAUGAUGCACUGCUGGCAGAGAUCCAGGCUAAGGUGGGUCAGAGGAAGACUGGAACCAGGAACGUCCAGCCGCCUGUCCCAGGAGCAACCAUUGUUGUGGAACCAACAGCAACCAGAGAUCUCCCCCACCAGCCAAAUGGUCACAUCCCAGGGAGUUCAGAGUUGAACCAGGGGAAGAGUCCACAUCUUCCACCUGAAGGGGUUGUAAAGAAGCCUCCACCUGCCCCUCCUAAGCCAAAACUUAAGCUGGAUGAUGAGCUGGAUCCUUCCAACCUGAAGGUUGUGGACAUACCAGAGGAUUUGCCUACGUGGAAGAAAGCUCUGUAUGAGAAAAGGAAUAAACAAGUGAUGGAGACUUUGGAGCAGCAGAAGGAGGUGGAGGACAAGUGGGCCAACGUGCCAGACUGGAAGAGAAAACUGCUUCAGGAAAAACAGCAGAAACAACAAGAGGUGAGAUCAGAAGAAGAUGAAGUGAAAAGAAAAGAGGAUGAGAGGAAGAAAAAGUUGGCAGCCAUGCCCACGUGGAAAAGAAAUCUUGUCAAGAAAAAGAUGGAGAAAUCAAAGGAACCCAAAGAUCAGGAGACAAAACCACCAGAACCGCCACGGGAGGAGGUAGAACCAGAGAGAACAGCACUCUAGAUAAACAGUAGAUAGAACCAUUCUCCAAUCAGGUGAAUCUGGCAGGGGUUCUUUUGUUGGUGCUACAUGUAUAAAUCCUGAAAAUUUCACAGUGACGCCAUUUUGGCAAAGGACAGAAAGGGAGGUUCUACAGUGUUUUAAGUACACAGUUUAAAUAGUUUUGCAUUUCUGUGGUUCUCCCUCAUUUCUACUUCUUCUAUAAGAUACUGAACAAUGCACUCACAGGGUUUCAUGUUCAGGUAAAUUGUUCUUGCUAGCAGGAGGGUAGCCCCGAGAAAGCUUGCACCAUUAGAGAAAGCCAACAAAAGAACCUUGACUGGUUAUCUGGAU